UGUCGGCCUAGGCGAGCGAGCUGUGUUCUGCUAUCGGCUAACUGAGGCUGGAGUGAAAUUCUUCACAUCUCGGAGCAAAACCGCUCACGAGUUUGACUAUUUGGGGGCUUCCUUCAAUCUGCCAUCACAAGGUGUGGAGGAAAACAUCACAGGGAUAAGCUAUACGGACUAACAUGCUUUAGACUAUGUGACCGCCAUGUUGUAGAUGGCUGUGUUUCAAAGCUCCACAAUGGGAGAGGAGGUCGAUGUACAGAAAAUGUGGAGGUGGGAGAGGUUUCUACAUCCAGACCUGGACAAGCGGAGUGACACUGCAGUGAUAUGCACAGGGCUUCUUUUUGGAAUGAGUUGAUUUCUUUUUCAUUCCCUCACAUCCCCCCACCCCCUCCUGUUGCCACAUUGACAUUCAAACUGACGACAGGGCUCUCACAGGAUCUGGCAUUGACUUGGCUAGAGUUUUAUAAGGUUGCAGAUACAGCUGUACCAUUUUAGUUAAAAGCAACUUUCAAAAGACGCCUUUGGAGUUUGAUUUGAUAUUAGGCAAAAGCGGACUUUUGUUCAGUUCUAUAUUGCUGCUGACAAUUCAAAAGUGUGGAACCGUCCCACUCGCAGCUGUCACCCAUCCUCAGUUUCUUCCACCCGUCGUGUGCCUAAAUACGCCUCCUUUGGACAAUCACACAAGUCAUCAGCGGCUGCUGUGCUUAAUUCUUUGCUGUUGUCCUCGAUGUGCUUCUGUUCCCCGCUUGCUGGGCCUUCAGCCGCUAAAUCUUUUUAUUUUCUGCUCCCUUACUUUAAGAUUUACUCCCCCCCCCCCCCCCCAAGCCAGAUAAUCAUAAUUCAAGUGCAGUGAUUGCGAUUAAUUUAAAAACGUCUAAGACUCUUUUGUAUGGACAAGUAGGGGUGUGAGUUAAGACUCAGUUACCUUCUUGCACCGAACACAGUACCAUUUAAGCCAUACAAAAAUAUUUAUAAAUUUCCUAUACAUAUUUUUGUAUCAAAUUGCUCCUGCUUUUUUAUGCUUAAAUUAUAAUUCAGCAUAAACAUUUUUAUAUUUGCACACUAUAAACAUGCAAGUGGAACUGUAUAUUGCUAUAUGAUUUUGAAGAGUUUAUAUUUGGGUGAGAGUUGUAGUGCUGGAAAGUGUUGCUAUUUCCAUUCAUAUGCUGCUUUGCUUUGGGUCGUCCCAUGGCCUCUCCCAAACGUAUUUGUAAUUUUAACUCGUAUAACAGCCUUUAAAGUAGGUAGACAGUAGGUACCUACCUCUCUCUUGGUCUUCCUCCCAUUGCUCCGUGUCUGAUGCCGGGCUUCAGCAGUGGGGGUGUUGGGGGAGGAGUGGGUGGCCAGGUUUCUGCUCCUCCUCGCCCUUUUAGACCCAGCCGAUAUGUCCCGGUGUCGGCAGCCACAACCUUCCUCGUCGGAUCCACCACGCUCUUCUUCUGUUUCACCUGUCCAUGGUUGUACGAGUAUUUCUCCCCGGUCAUUCCCAUUUAUAUUGCCGUGAUUUUCAUCUUCACGCUGGCCAACUUCUGUAUGGCUACGUUCAUGGAUCCUGGAGUCUUCCCCCGAGCGGAGGAGGAUGAGGACAAAGAAGAUGAUUUUCGUGCUCCGCUCUACAAGACGGUGGAGAUCAAAGGCAUUCAGGUGCGCAUGAAGUGGUGUUCCACCUGCCGCUUCUACCGACCCCCACGCUGCUCACAUUGCUCGGUCUGCGACAACUGUGUGGAGGACUUUGACCACCACUGUCCUUGGGUGAACAACUGUAUUGGUCGGCGCAAUUAUCGCUAUUUCUUCCUCUUCCUGUUGUCACUCACCACCCACAUCGUGGACGUUUUUGGCUUUGGCCUCGUUUAUGUGCUCCACCACCGCCAGCGACUCGACACACCACAUGCAGCUGUGACUAUGGCUGUGAUGUGUGUUGCUGGUCUGUUUUUUGUCCCAGUCGCUGGACUGACUGGGUUCCAUAUUGUGCUCGUGGCUCGAGGUCGAACCACAAAUGAGCAGGUGACAGGAAAGUUUCGUGGAGGCGUUAACCCCUUCACCAAUGGCUGCGUGACGAAUAUUUCACAUGUACUUUGCAGCUCACUGGCACCCAGAUAUACGGGUCGUUCCCGGAAGCCUCAGACAGUCGAACUACAGCCCCCCUUCCUCAGGCCACCUCUCACAGAGGCGCAGCUAGAAGCCAAGGUCCUGGACAAUGGUAUCCAGAAUGAUCGACACAGCACAAGAUCAAAGAGCAGUUUGGAUCAAAUGGAGAGCCAGUCGGCAGACACAGAGCCUCCACCUCCCCCGAAGCCAGAGCUUCGUUAUCCUGGGCUGCCACGUGGUGACGCUGAGGAAAGCAGCUUGUUGACAGAAGGUGUGCCCACACAGUCCAUGUACAAGUAUCGACCCGCGUACAACAGCCCAGGAAGGAACCACAGUGCCCACACACACGCUGGCAAGGUGAUCCGCGGGGAGAGUCUCGACUCUCCGUCGCCCUCUAUUCUUCACUCCAGCCACCAUCCCAGUUACCGUUCGGAACCGAGCAGCCUGGAUGGGGCCACGGUGGUGGGGGGUGGUGCGGGGGCAUUCAGAGGGGGAGGGGAGAGGGGUGAGGGCCCCGGAGGCUUAGGCAGGACUGCCGGUGGGGUGUCAGGGGGCAUGUCGGGUUACUCCUUGACCGGGCGCUCCCACACUUCGUACCCAUCCUCUCUGGUUUUGUCCACCGGGGGCUCACACUCCUCCAGCCUGCGCUCGGCGCACCUGGCACACAAUCCUCUGGCCACCCUCCAGUCAGAAGGAACUACAGACACCAGCUACAAAAGUCUGGCUAACCAGACCCCUCGGAAUGGCAGUCUGUCCUACGACAGCCUGCUCACGCCAUCCGAUAGUCCCGAGUUCGAGUCUGCCGCCCACGAGUUGUCGCCACAGAAGUCUCGUGCGCCGUUCCCCUCUGUGACAGGGGCUUCAGUCAGAGGCCAUCCUGAGACGGUGUCCCCCACUUCUCCAAUGCAGGGGUAUACGUCGCCCUUCCUCUCAGCCCAGCUCAGCCAACAGAGGGAGAGCCAUCUGCUCCAAGGCUCCGCCACUUUUUCCUCCCCCCACAGGGCCUACCUUCGUGCCGUCAGCCCGCCCCCUCCUUCUGGGCCCCCUGAGACGCUGCACCUGCUACAGUAUAACCACGACUCAUCCUCCAGAGUCCCCCGUAACUCUGUGUCAUCGUCCUCCUCCCCGGCGGGUCGCUCGCCGGAGCCUCCUAUCUCCCCGCCGCCUCGCGGCCUCUCCCUGGGGAAGCCCCAGUCUUAUACUGGGGGGGCGGGGCCCCAGCAAAAGCUUCGGGCCGCGGUGGCGCUGGGCGGGGGAGGAGCCGGAGGAGGGCAUCAGGCGCCACAAUCGUCCUCUCGUACAAUCUUGGCCAAUCACACGACCUCUAAACCAGGGGGCGGAGUGAAGAAGGUGACCGGCGUCGGAGGGACCACUUACGAGAUAUCGGUUUGAGUGACAUGCGGUCUAUUCCACUGAGGAGGAGGAAAGAAAAGUCACUAGACAACUAACGCGCGUUCUUCUCAGAGCUGGAUGUUAUUCAUGACUGCAGAGCCAAAAGCACCGCUGCAUGUGCACCUGCCUGUCCGGUACCGACUGGCCUCUUCAAUCUGGACAAAGACUGCACUUGGUUCUUGUUUCACAAGUCACUUUGUGAUGCACAGACCGUUUGGGGAGCUGUUUCUUCAAGGACAGAACAUGCACAGAUGCAGUUUGAUGUGGGUACAAUAGGAGACGGUAUUUUUGACACUUGAGGGUAGCCGAUUGAAUUUUAGGGGUUUUAGGAGUGUUGACCAAUGAGGACUGUCUCGUUGUAUGGACCACACAGCCUGGUGAGUGAAAAGCAUCGAAACCUAUAAAACACAGUAUCAUUUUAGUUUUCUAAGUCCUUGUUUUUAAAUAUUAUUUUAUAUAAAUGUGUAAGAUCUUACAGAUUAUUAUUGGGUCCUGUCGUCAGGUAUUGAAGAUGACUUAUCAACGAGGGUGGCAAAUGUAUAAUGUGUAUAAUUGUUUAUUUUUGAUUACAAAUGUGUUGCCUGUGUAGAAUUGAAGGCUGCAUCAGCCACUCGUGAGCUCUUGCCGAAAUUGUAACAAUCCAAAGAGUCGACCUCGGACGUGGCAAACAAUUGAGCUUUAUUUUGAAAAGCCACAGAAAAUUUUGGAGUGGAACGCAUCUUCGUUGAAUGUACCUGUCCAUGUAAUCUUUGUGUGUUUGAGGCAUUAUGCAAAAUCAGUUUUGUAGCUUUAAGAUCAUUGUCUUGUUUCCGAUGCUAGCAGAAUCGUUUUGAAUCCUUUUCAUGGUUGUCCAGCCAGUUAGGGACAGCGAGGGAUGGGCUCAUUUAUUUGAACUUGUAGUUCAGCUAAAACAUUUUAAACAGGUCUCUUAGUUGUUUUGAAAGCUUGGAUACAAUUUAAAUUUUUUUUUUUUUUUUUUUUAUAAAGAGAUCGACCUGCUGUUACUCCAUGUGAUCGUCUAAAACAAAUGAAACCCCCAUUUUGAAUAUUUAAAAAGAACCGGAAAGAGAGUAGGCUUGUGCUUUUUGGCUGCCACUUCAUCCACUUGUUCAUUUAAGUUUAGUGCUUAAAUCAGGAUUCCUCGCCGUACCGUGGCCAGAGGUAGAACCCAGCUGGGUUCAGCCGGCCAUCACUUAUCUGCCACACUGUGUUGGAUCAACUUUCAUUUUUUUCUGCCGUGGUCACACCUUCCAGCGAUGGCUCCUUUAUGGCGCUGCCAUGAACAACCGUGCAUCUCAUCGGCCUCAGCUAUCAGAUGCCUCCUUUAAGAGAGAUCUCGGUGGAGGGUUAUAGCUAUUUGAAUCUGUGAUCCAUGACUACAAGAACAAACUACGCGCAGGGUAGUCAAAAUGGUGUCGGCCAAAAAUUGUGGCAAUAUUGUAUUUUUGAAGUGAAUGCAGCGUGGCAGCAUUUGCCAGAAUUAAAUAAGUAGAAUAGAUAGGAGUCUCUUUUUCCAUUCUGAAAAUUCUGAUUCGCCGAUCGCUUUUCCACACCCACUAGAAUCCCAAUUCGAGUCACCACCGAUUAGUGCAUAGCCCUACUGUUUUGCAAUGAAAUUAUUGGAUUUAUUUUUCUUACUUUAGAGCAGUUAGCUUAAAGCAAGCACAUUUUUGCCCGCCCCCCUUGCUGACAUUGUGUAUAGCGGGUCUGAUUUUUGAUUUACACUCCAAUGCCUGUAAAGGUACAAGUGACUUUUGAAAACCCACAGCCAUGUUGAGGAGGAAUCAAAUACGGGUUAUGUGAGUUUGUUUGUUCCAGUUGGGUGUUACAAUUAAAUUCAAUUGUUAUCCCCUCUAUCAAGGACCUGAAGGAAUUCAGCAUGUCUUGGGAAGUGUACAUUUUAUUUUUUAACCCAAGGGGGACUGUUAGACAUUUUCAAUUUUGCCAGGCAGUGUCUUCAUCAUGCACGUGUUUCUUGUUCAUGCUGAUUGUUUCCCUGGUGCGCAAACAUGAGACUUUUGUCCCCCUUUCCCUGGGAUCACAAUUGAGGAGUCAUCACUAAUGGCACAAACAGCUGAUGAAGAGAUUAAGGAACCUGUGUUACUUUCCUCCUGCUCAUGCCCAAGGAUGACACCUGCUGCACAAUUCCAACCUAUGUGAGUAUGUUGACAAUACUUCGUUGUGAGAAUAAAUAUUGCUCGUGGGAUUGGAAUGAGUUUCACAAAUAUCUGUAACACAUUUAAGACUUUUCCAAAAUGGCCUUAAAGAUUUUUUGAAGAUGUCUUCUCACAAUAAAAAGGUCAAACUGA